AUGCUGGCAAUCUGGUCAUAUCGAGAGAAACCACUGUUAUCAAAAAUCCACAUCUUCGAGCACGGCGAUCUACAAAUGCUCUACAAUUGGCGCCUAUCAGUCCGGCUAGGCUUGGUCGGAACUCUGUUCAUUCGCAGUCUCGAUCUAGAGGAGCUUGUCAUCUGCAACAUCGUUGAUGCCAUACACUUCUUUGCCGCCUGCACGAGCAGAGAUAUUUCCUCCCGCAAGAAGCCCGAGCUCUUCAACACUCUUCUUUCCCAAGAUGGCAGGGUCGCGAAGAAGAUACCGGCACUCCGUGUAAUGAAACUAUACGGUGCAUGGCGAGAAUCAGCUGGGGCUUUCCGAUAUCUUGUCACUGGAAAUUCUGCCGAGGUUACUUGGGUCAGCACGUGGGAGUUCAAGCUAGGAGACGAACCCAAGUAUCCUUAG